AUGCCUCUUCUACAGUUCCACACCCUGCGGAAGUUGUCAUACACAAGAGAAGAAUUCAUUCUCGCAGCCGAUCUUCCACUUCGACAUAGGCGAGAGAAGGCGGUGUUCUCUGCUACGUAUUUCAAGUAUUUGACUCAUUACCAAGACUCAGAGAUUUCUGUAGUUCCGAACGACUUCGGACUCUUAAUUGUAAAGCCAGACCCUGCGGAAGUUGUCAUACACAAGAGAAGAAUUGAUUCUCGCUGCCGAUCUUUCACUUCGACUAAAGCGAGAGAAGUGGAAGCUUUUGUAAACGAGAGGGGAAGUUCACUUCGACUGAAACAACAAAAGACCCGAGGAAAAUCUCUUCAGAUGCUUUGAGAUCAUUGUUGCUGAUCAUAACAAGGCGGUGUUCUCUGCUGCGUAUUUCAAGUAUUUGACUCGUUACCGAGA